AUGUUUCUUAUUCGUGUGUUGGAAAUUUUCAUGAAGUGUUCCGUUGUUUUUAUCUCUGCUCAAGAAAGUGGAUAUUGUGGAGAAGGCAGAUGCUGUAACAAUUACCACUUCAAAGAUGGACAGUGUGUUGAGUGUCCAGCUGGAUGGUUUGAUCGCAAUUGUUCACAGCGCUGUCCAAAUGACAAGUACGGCUAUGGAUGCCUACACAACUGUUUGCAGUGUGCACAUGGAUGUGAUCGUGUGCAUGGGUGUGUCUUAUACAACAAUUGUUCUUCUGGACUGUUUGGACAUAAUUGCUCACAGCCUUGUCCUAACGGUAAAUUUGGGCUCGGGUGUCGGAACAGCUGCCUGGAGUGUGCACAAGGAUGUGAUCCUGAGUAUGGAUGUAUUUCGAAUAAUGAGACUAAUAGUAUUGGCUUCGACCAACCACCACCAUCUCUGUGGAUUUCCUCCUUCCUUGUAACAGGGAGUCUCUUGUUUUUAUGUAUUUUUAUUGCAAUCUUCAGAAGAAGAAAAGUUUCAAGGACAAAAAAGGACAACUCCUGCAAAACAAGUUCAUCACUAAGCGAUAGUGCAAUGAACCAAACAGGAACUGUAAUUGUAAGUAAGCUACCAAAUACACCAUCACAAAACGAGAAAAUGGGAAAAAUGAGCCAACUUUAUUCUACAAUUUCUAAUGAAGCCGAGGGACUUUUACACUCCAACAGAAUUUAUUAUUCAAGAAGGGUUUCAUCUUGUAGAAACAUCAAAGAUGUUGCAGAUAAUGAGGAAAAUCCAUUUGAAAUCGAUGAAAAAUAUUUAAUGGUGAAUACAGCGUCUGUGGAUCCAUUUCCGAGCACAAGCUUCCCACCCUCUGUACCGUUUGUUCCUGAUGAAUAUAAUGCAUAUUUUAUCCUGGAAAAAUCAGAAACUGUUACAAAUGCUCCUGAAGACAUUUGAAAUACAAAGAAACCGCCACAUCAACGUUUUCGAAAACUAAAAAUUGUUGCUUUCACACAAAGUGUGGAAAACUAUAUACAGAGUCUGCAAAAUAUGUAAAUUUUUGUACUUAUAUUCUACAUCAAAAUGUAUAUUAUUUCUUUUAUUUUAUUUGUUAAACCUUUACCCAUUAUAUUUUGGUUGUUUGUAUAUUGUCUUGCGUCCUUCUGGAGAGAAUUUUUCACUCCUAUGGAGACGCCACCACUUGCUGCAAAUUUUUUCCUAUACUCGGUACUAAUGGCCAUUGACCAAUGAGGGAUCUUUUUCCUGCCAGCAUCUACUGAGACACGGGAACUCGGUUUAUAUGGUCUCAUCCGAAUGCUCGUUUUCCACGUCCCCCAGUGGGAUUCGAACCCACGACGUUAUGAUCAACUACUUACUUCGCGACUCUAGUGCAGACGCUCUAAUAUUUCAAGUUGCAUUUAUAAUAAAAAUCAUU